AUGUCAGAAAUCGAUUCUCCUAGCACAAUUGAGAAUUUUCCAACUGAGUUAUGGUGUGAAGUCUUUCAAUUCUUUGAUGCAAUUGAACUCUAUCGUAUAUUUGACGAUUUAAACUCAAAAAUAACUUCAAUACUUUCUGAAAGUACUCCAUUGUAUUUCAAGAUUGCAACAACGGAAAGUUAUGAUUUCUCGUCUUAUGUGAUUCUUCCAGCAGUUAACAAUCGUGCGAAUGUCAAAUCAUUCAAAUUCUACGAAGAAUAUCAAAUUGAAGAAUUCUUUACUCAUUGGCCGAUUAAUACAUUCAGCCAACUACGAUGUCUUUCACUCGUCUAUUCUGGUGCAAUGAUGAGCGAUUGUUCACUUGUACUCAUAGAACAACUGUCAACUUUGCCACAUUUUGAGCGUUUAUAUAUUCAAGUGGGAUCCAUCACUCAACGUGAUCAGUAUUUGAAACGAUUGCUAGAAUUAAUCUUCGUUGAGAAUGAUGGUUUUCAUUCUCUUAAACACUUUGUUUUUCAAAGUAUUAAAAAUUCUCAUAUGCUCUCAUUACCAGCAAUAAAGAAGCGGACAAAACUAGAAUUGUUAACUCUACCGUCUCUUAAUCGUGACGAACUUGUUCAACUAUUGAUUCAUAUACCACACAUUAAAUCGAUUAAAACAAAUUGGUUAUAUACGGAUUUCUAUGAACCAGUAAUAAUAACAAUACCAGCAUUAAACUCUACUUUGUUGAACUGUCUUCACUUAAAUGUACAGCUAGACGAACAAUGGACUUUUGAAGAUGUUGAGUUUUUACUGCAACAAGUUCCAAAUGUAAAUCGAUUGAAACUCACAUGUAGCAUUGAGCUUAUUAAUGGAAUCAAAUGGGAAAGGUUAUUAGUUGUAAAAUGUUCUAAACUACGAAUAUUGGAAAUAGUUUUUUGUUCUGAUCAAUGGCAUAUUAAUCCUCCGUCGAUAUUUACUGAACUGCAGAAUACUUUCUCAACAAGGUUUUGGCAAGCACAAAACGUUCAAUUUGAGCAUAAAGAGGAAAUUCGUCGUUGGAUAGUUCGAUUUAAUAUAUGA